CAAAGAAAGUACAAUCAAACCAUCUACAUUACAAAAACCUACCUCUUACUUGUCUCAUUUUAUCCACCAUUUGCACCACCUAUUAUUUCUAGCUUCUAACAAAAUGAGAAAUCUUUCAUUUUUCUUCGCCUUUUGUCUGUUAUCCUCUCUCUCACAUGCUAUAGAACUCGACUUUUGUGUCGGAGAUCUUAGUCUUCCUAGAGGACCAGAAGGAUAUGCUUGCAAAGAUCCUGCUAAAGUCACAACCGAAGAUUUUGUUUACACAGGUUUUCGUGGUGAAAAAACUCCCAAUAACGUUUUUGGGAAUAAUGUGACAUUAGCAUUUUCAGAUGUGUUCCCAGCCUUCAAUGGUUUAGGCAUAUCUAUGGCCAGGUUAGACUUUGCGGUGGGAGGAGUUAUCCCAGUACACUCCCAUCGUACGUCAGAAGUUCUUCUUUUGGUAAAAGGUUCAAUCAUUGCAGGAUUUAUUGAUACCAAUAAUACUGCAUACUAUAAAAAAUUAGAGGUUGGGGAUGUGAUGGUAUUUCCACAAGCAAUGCUUCACUUUCAAAUCAACGUUGGCAAAACUCCGGCUACUGCCUUUGUUAGUUUGAAUAGUGCAAACCCAGCAUUACAACUCACUCCUACAUCCUUAUUUGCCGGAAAUUUACCUGCUGACAUUGCUCAGAAAAUUACACUCUUGAGUCGUAAAGAAGUAAUGCGAAUGAAGCAAAUUUUCGGCACAGCUUAAGUAAUAUCAUUUUUAAGCUAAUCUUAUAUUCUAAGCUACCGAUUUAUCUCAGUGUCCAACUUAUUUAUUUCUUAAUAGUAUGAAAAUAAAGGGUAUAUGAAUGCCCAUUGUAUUACUCAUAGCUUAUCCCUCUCUUACAUUUCAUGUUACGUAAUUAAUUAUUAAUUUUAAUGAUUGUAUACUUCUUAUAACCUCAUGAUCAAUAAAAAUGUAUUUAUCUAUUUGUUAUACUUCUUCGACCUUUAUUCUUCAUAUGUACCUUCUUUUACUUAUUCUUUUCAGAUAUUGCAUGACCAAAUUUUAAAAUUAAUAUAAGUAACUAGGAUUCAAAAUCUACGUCCUCCUUUCAAAACCC